ACUACAUAUAAAUAUGCCGGACAAAUUUGUGUCCCAUGUUUACUUCAUGAAACGCAAGGUACUCCGCAACGGUGCCACGCCACACCAUCCCCUAUCGCCGGGUAGUUCUUCUCUUGCCGUCCCUAAUUGAGUAAUUUUCUCUUCUUCUCUCCUCCCUUGUACAUACUAUACUAUACUGUAUACUUACUACUAUACACCCGGGCCCCUCCACAUACCACCAUCGACCAUGAGUUCACUCGAUCUAGACAAACGCAAAGAUGGCCCAACAGUUGAACAUGACGAAGAAGCCCUCCCGGGUCUUCAUCAUCAAUCGGUAGAUCUUCACAACGAUCCCGAUGAACUAUCAUACGGCCCCGGCGGUAUAAAGGGCCUCUUUUACUCCAAGUAUGUCUUCGGAGCAGCCUUCCUCGCCUCCCUGGGCGGGUUCUCCAUGGGAUAUGACAUGGGCGUCAUCUCCAUCAUCAACGUGAUGGACGAGUUCCAUAAGGUGUAUCCCCGGACCGAAACGGCAUUCGGGAAGGGGCUGAUGACUGGCAUGCUACUGCUGGGCGCCUUUGUCGGCUGUAUCUUCAUGUCACACCUCUCAGAUCGCAUUUCGCGCAAAUGGGCGCUCACAGCGAUGGUGGUGGUCUUCGACAUCGGCGCAAUCAUCCAAACAGCAGCAACAAACUAUGACAUGCUAGUAGCCGGGCGAUUCAUCGGCGGCGUAGGAGUCGGCACCCUAGCAAUGGGCGCCCCCCUCUAUAUCUCCGAAAUUUCCCCCCCAAACAUGCGCGGCACGCUCCUUGUCCUCGAAUCCAUCUCCAUAACCUCCGGCGUCGUAAUCGCCUACUGGAUCACCUUCGGCACGCGCCACCUCCCCGGCGAAGCCAGCUUCCGCCUCCCAUUCGGCCUCCAAAUGGUAACAGCCACAGCCCUCGGCCUAGGAAUCCACUUCUUCCCCUACUCCCCCCGCUGGCUCGCCCUCGUCAACCGCAACACAGACUGCCUAACAAGCCUCACCAAACUCCGCAAUCUCCCGCCAACCUCCCCCGCCAUCCAAAUCGAAUACACCAGCAUAAUAACCGAAACCCGGCUCCAAAAACUCAUCCAAGAACGCAAACACCCCGGCAUAAGGGGCAUGAAACUCGAGCUCCUGUCCUGGCUCGACCUCUUCAGCUCCAAAACCUGGAAACGCACCGCCGUAGGCUGCGGCAUCGCCCUCUUCCAGCAAUUCUCGGGCAUAAACGCCUUCAUCUACUACGCGCCCACCCUCUUCCAAUCCCUCGGCCAAACCUCCGAAACAUCCCUCAUCCUCUCCGGCGUCUUCAACAUCCUUCAGCUCGUCUCCGCCGUAAUCUGUUUCCUGAUCAUUGAGAAAAUCGGCCGCCGACCCCUCGCCAUCGGCGGCGCGCUGGGGAUGUCGGCCGCCUAUAUCGUGAUUGCGGUGUUGUCGGGCGUGUACUCGAAAGACUGGGCGGCGAAUAUGAGCGCCGGGUGGGCGUGCGUGGCGAUGGCAUUCGUGUUCAUCUUGUUGUAUGGGGUGUCGUAUUCGCCGCUGGGGUGGGCGUUGCCCAGUGAGGUGUUUUCGACGACGACACGGUCGAAGGGGGUUGCGCUUUCGACGUGCGUGAUUUGGUUGUCGGAUUUUAUUGUGGGCGUGAUUACGCCGUCGAUGUUGGCGGAUAUAGGGUAUCGGACGUAUGUGUUUUUUGCAGUGAUGUGUUUUGUGGCCGGGGUGUGGGCGUUUUUGCUUGUGCCAGAGACGAGUGGAAAGUCGUUGGAGGAGAUUGAUGAGUUAUUUGGAGAUGGGAGUGCAAAGGAGGAGAGGGAGAUUGCUGGGACGGUUUUGGGGGGUGGUUCAGGGGGUAGGGUUGUGGGUGUAUAGAAGGUUGUUUUGAUUCCCCGUCUUGUGGUUACUUCUUUCUUUCUUGUAUUAGCUAGGAUUAUUUUCUUGAAGAGCCUCAGGAAGGAUAUUUUUAUUUUUUGUUAUUUUUAUUGGUGCGUCUUAGUAGACUGAAUACUAAGAGAUGAGUAUGUAUUUGCUUCAUGUCAAAAGGGUAUCUCAGUUUGCCCCCUUUCCACUGUUAACU